AUCUGAAUUUACAAUGCAUAAGUCCUGGCCAAGUCAUAGGUGGGAAAAAUGUCUGUACCAAGAUUCCAAAAAGUAAACUUUGGGACAUAUGACAACUAUAUUCCAGUCAGCGAGUUAAGCAAAAAGUCAUGGAAUCAGCAACACUUUUCCCUGGCAUUUCCCAAACCACAACGGCCAGGAACAAAAAGAAGAACAAUACCUUCCCAACUAAAUAAAAAUACACCUUCUGUAAUCGAUGAAGAAAAACUAAAGCGUGAACGUAGACGACCACUAUGGAUGCAUCGGUCUUUAACAAAAAUUUCUGAAAGACCAUCUGUUUAUUUAGCUGCUAGGAGAAAGCCUCCACCCAAACCAGCUCCUUCCCCAAAGGCGGCUCCAUCUCCUAAAGGAGAGAAGGAUAAAUCAGAAUCAGAACCAGAAAAAAAACCUAAGGCAGAUGCACAGAAAGAUAAAGAAGCUAAAGGUGUAAAGGCUGGGGCAAUGAAAGGCAAAAAGGGCUCAAAGGAGGGCAAAGAUUCAGGAACAGAAUCUGAAGGUGAUAAAGCUGGGGCAAAGAAAGAUGCCAAGAAAGGCAAAAAGGGCUCAAAGGAGGGCAAAGAUUCAGGAACAGAAUCCGAAGGUGAUAAAGCUGGGGCAAAGACAGAGGCCAAGAAAGGUAAAAAGGGCUCAAAGGAGGGCAAAGAUUCAGGAACAGAAUCUGAAGGUGAGAAGGCUGGGGCAAAGAAAGAUGACAAAAAAGGUAAAAAGGGCUCAAAGGAGGGCAAAGAUUCAGGAACAGAAUCCGAAGGUGAUAAAGCUGUGGCAAAGAAAGAUACCAAGAAAGGUAAAAAGGGUUCAAAGGAGGGCAAAGAUUCAGGAACAGAAUCUGAAGGUGAGAAGGCUGGGGCAAAGAAAGAUGACAAAAAAGGUAAAAAAGAUUCAAAGGGCAAAGGAGAAACUGCAGAUUCAGGACCUGAAGGGGAAGCCAAGAAAGACGAUGAAUCCAAAGACUCCAAGAAAGAUGCAAAAAAGAAGGAGGGAAAGAAAGACAAAAAAGAUGAAAAGAAGCCUGGUGCUUCAGAAAGUGAAUCAAAGGAAGAUGCCAAGAAAGAUGACAAGAAAGACUCCAAGAAAGAUGACAAGAAAGAUGCCAAGAAAGAUGACAAGAAAGAUGCCAAGAAAGAUGACAAGAAGGAUGCAAAGAAGGAUGCAAAGAAAGAUGCCAAGAAGGAUGCCCCAGAAUCUGCUGAAGGGAAAAAGGAUGCCAAGAAAGGUGCCAAGAAGGGCAAAUAAUUCCACCUGUCAGACUCUGGGAAGAGCUUAGGAAUGAAGCAAAGUUAGCAGUCUGACACUGAAUUUAGCAUGAAAAAGAAGCUUCGAAAAUUAGUCAAGACACAUUUUAAAUAGGAGUGAAGGAAGAAUACAAUAGAGAACCAUAACAGCAAUACAGUGAAGAUUUUUAAGACACAUUGAAGGAGAAUUCAUUUGAAGACUUGGAAAGUACACAUUCUAAAUUAGAAGACAUGGAUUAUUAAACAUCUCUAGAAAUACUUAAAAAGGAACAUUCAAAUAAAGAUGGAGAAGAUAUAGAAUGUAUAGAAAGAAAUCAUUUUAAAACUCUUCAGUGAAAACUUUCAAAAUUCAAGAAGAGACAUGUUCUAUCUACACAUUUGAACCCUUUCAAGCUGCAUUCAUAAUUUAGUAAAGAACUGCAAGACUUGUAAGAACAAGUGUAAUCAUGUAACUUGAAGUAAAUACAGAUUGAAGAUGACUUGAAAGAACCAGAGAAAAUAA